UAAGUUAAAAUUCCUUCAUUCAAGAAUAAAGUAUAAUGUACUUUCAAAAGUAAAAGUACUUAUUGGGCAAAGAAGCCCAUUUGAGAGUGUUAUAUUGUUAUAUUUAGCGUAGAAUUGGAGUAAUUUUAAUAUUACUAACAAAAUAUCACUAAUAUCUGAUUGAGCUGACAUUACUUUACGACCUGGAAGGUCUUGAUAUGUGAAAGAGGAAGAGCCUUUUGAGGAAAUAGUGGGGAAAAACAUAGCAACUCUGAAAUGAUUAACUCAUUGGCUACACAUUAAGCAAAAUCAGACCAAAUGUUUUCUAACACAUCCUGUGACUAAAGCAGUUUCCCAUCAAAUUCACCAAAUUUGUUCAGUACAUAUCAGUGUAACUGAAUUUCACAUAUCAUUUCAUCACUUGCAGGAUUACAUAAUUACUGGAAUAUUUUUAAGAUGCUGAACAUCUUAUAUGUGAUGAUUACUCACACUGAAAUACACUACACAAAGUUUUAUAAUAAUAAGAUAAUCAUAAAUUGGAUGGAAGAUCAAAACAUUCACUUGUUUCAUGUUGUAUGAAAAUGUAUACCUGAAAUAACAACUGUGUGUCCUUUUCUGUAUUUUUGACAUCCAUUGGGAUUUCAUCUUAAGUAUAUUUGUAGUUGAGAUGGUAUCUUUUCAGUUUUUCCUAUAAUGAUAUAAAAGGUUUUCACUGAAAUCCAUAUAUUUUAAAACAUCGUCUGAAUCUUUCAUACAAUGUUGGAAACAAUAUUCCAGACAUAAUUUACACAACAAAACUAUAGAAACCUGUCAACAUCAGAUUUUUGGAAAUAAAUCUGCCAAUUAAGCAAGACAAUGUGUCAGCCUAAUAUCAACACACAACAACAGAACAUACAUUACAUAGCAACAGCCGCAAGUGAACCAGUGUACUUCCCAUUUUCAUGUCAAUCUGGCCAAAUAAUAGGAAAUUCCACUCAGUGUCAUGUUUACACAACGGGGUCAAUGCAUUGACCAACACAAGUGACGCAAAGAUUUCAGAUAAAAGGUGGCCAACAUUCUCUGCAGUUUAGAGGUCUGGUUUACUACCAAGACUGCACCGUUAUUGGAGUUGUUGUAUUGGAGUUGGAUUUCUUCUGGCAGGCAGCGUGAAGAUGCGGAUGCUCUGUCUUCAGGUGAUCGUCAUCUGUGUUUUCCUACAGGUGCCAGGUUGUUUCCCGUCAUGCCUCAUCGUCGGCUCUGUAGCCAACUGUGCCUCCAGGAAUCUCCACUCAGUUCCUCCUCUCCCUCCCAACAUCACCCACCUGUUCCUGGAGAUGAACCGCAUUGCUGAGAUCAACUCCACCUCCCUGUCAGACCUGAAGGAGCUGCAGGAGCUGGACCUCGGUCAACAGCACGUUCCUGCAUUUGUGAUUAGGAACAAUGCGUUCAGUGGACAAAGACGUCUGAGGAAGCUGGUGCUCGGCUAUAACAAAGGCAUUCAACUGGAACCAAAUGCUUUCGAGGGACUGUCUGGUUUGAAGAACCUCUACCUGGAUUACUGCUCCCUUGAUGACGCCAUACUGAUGGAGAACUACCUGGAGCCACUGUCUAAUUUAGAGACUCUUGACCUCUUUGGUAACAAGAUUAAGAGACUCCAGCCUGCAAUGUUCUUUGCAAACAUGACUAAUUUGAAAGAUGUGAAUCUCAAGCUGAACAUGAUUCACAACAUCUGUGAGUCUGAUUUGGUUGGUUUCCGGGGAAAGCACUUCGAGGUUCUGAACUUGGACUCUGUUCUGUUUAAGGCCAUGUCUAGUCCAGGUUUUGACUGGCAGACAUGUGGGAACCCUUUCAGGGGAAUGUCCUUUCAGACACUCGACCUGUCAAACAACGGGUUCAGUAUCCGUGAAUUAAAGCAGCUCUUCAGAGCCAUUGAGGGGACGAAGAUCUUCUGUCUCAAACUGUCAGGACACAUAGGUAGAGGAUUUUCAUUCCAUAAUCUCCCUGAUCCAGACCGCAGCACGUUUGAGGGCCUGAAGAACAGCUCCAUCCUCACUUUGGAUCUGUCGAAAAACAGGAUUUUUUCAUUGCAACGAGGGGUUUUUAGUCAGCUGAAAGAGGUCGCAACUAUUGACAUUUCUCAGAACCGCUUGAACCAGAUCCACAGGGAUGCCUUUGAGGGUCUUCAGGGUCAUUUAAAAAUGCUCAACCUGUCACACAACCUGCUGGGGGAAAUCCGUUCUUACAAUUUUGCCUCUCUGACAAACCUGAAAGUGCUGGACUUGUCUCACAAUCACAUUGGUGUACUUGGUUUUCGCUCAUUUGAAGCACUUGUCAACUUGAAAGCAUUGAUUCUAACAGGAAAUUCGUUGCGAGACCUUGGCUUCCCUGCGUCUCUACCCAGCUUGGAUUAUCUCCUGUUGAACGACAACAAGUUGACCUCCUCAUCAGUAUUCAGUCUCACACAGUUUGCCGAUAAUGCCAUGCAUCUGGACAUUAGUGACAACAGAUUAACAGACCUGGGGGGUGUUUACACCAUUCUGGCUCAGCUGGAGCGCCUCCAGCAUCUCUUCUAUGGAGGAAACACCAUCAGGAAGUGCAUACUCAAUCAACAAGUAUCAGCAGCUGAUUUGGAUAAUUUCCAAACUCUCGAUCUUCACAGCAGCUCUCUGCAGUUGAUUUGGUCUCAGGGGCAAUGCCUGAAUCUGUUUGACAACCUCAGAGAUGUUACUGUUCUCAACUUGAGCUCCAAUGCACUGCAGUCUCUUCCUAAGGACGUUUUCAAGGGUCUCCGGUCAGUAGUGAUAAUGGAUCUCUCAUUCAAUGCCUUGACCUAUCUGCAGCCUGACAUCCUACCAAAAAGUCUUCAGGUUCUCAACCUGUCUAACAACUUCAUCGCCUCGCCUGACCCCACUGCUUUUCGCUCUCUCAGCGCACUCGACCUCAGUGUGAACCGAUUUCGCUGCAAUCCAAACCUGAAGAGCUUCCUGACUUGGCUGAGCAACACAAACGUGACCUUCCUGAGUCCCGUCAAAGAGCUCAGAUGUGAAUUUCCUUCUAGCUUCUAUAAUGUACGUCUGUUAGAGUACUCCACUCAGGUCUCACACCAGUGAAAGUACAUAAAGGGGAAGAGAUACAUGUUUUCUUUUAGGAUGAUGCCUGUUAUAUAGAUUGCAAAAGUUGACUUUACUUUAAAAAAAAAAAGAAAAAAAGUCAGGAAACCGAUCACCUCAGAGUCAAGUUGACUUAAAUGUGAACUGCACAAGCUGAAAAAUGUUAGCAAUUUAAGAAAUAUUAGUCUGCUAUACUUGACCACUCUUAUUAUAAUAAGUUAAACAAGGUUUAUAUUGUUAAUUUGAGAUUAUAACAUGAAUUUGCAAGUGCAAGAUACUGUAAUCUCAGAAAAAAAAUAGUAAAGAUGUAUUAAAAACCUGUAAAUUACUUAUCCAUGAUCAUGUAAUAAGACUGUUGAAAUUUGUAAUUCAUGUAUAUAUAGAUGUAAAUCAAAAUUUAUCUCCAGAAUAAAAAGAUGAUAGAAUAAGCAUCGCUGAAUCAAAA